AUGGAGUUUCUCCAUUUAUUCCCGAAUGAAGAAACAUCCAAUCGCUUGAUCCAUGCCUACCUUGACACCGUCGAGACAACAUAUCGCAUCGUCCACGUCCCAAGCUUCUGGAAAGAGUAUCAAACCUUCCUAGUAGAUAGAAAGGCGGCCAGGCCCGCAUUCAUUAUUCUUAUGCUUCUGAUGAUGUCCACCGCGAGCUGUCUGGCGGAAGAAAAAAGCACCCAUGUCGGUGACAGCGCCGUGGUACGUGAACGUGCGGCGUUGUGGAUUGAAGUAUCCGAACGCUGGCUUCAAAAUCAAAGCCAUAAGCAGAUUUAUCUAGCUAUAUGGCAGAUUCGCUGUCUCAUAUUACUCUCCAAACAGGUCAAUGUGAUCAAGAAGAAACGCAUCUGGACGGAAGCAGGCACUCUUCUUAGGCAGGCCAUGGCUGCAGGAUUCCACCGAGAUCCGGGAAAUUUGGGCCAAAAGUGCACUGGCUUCGACCAUGAGAUGCGACGACGACUAUGGGCUACCAUCACAGAGUUAGAGCUUCAGGCAUCCAUCGACCGAGGGAUGCCUUCGGCCCUUGCUGGUGUCUCCUCGGACUGUGCGACGGUUCAGAAUAUUGAUGAUAAUAAUCUCACAGAUGAGGCCGACGACACAUCUCGCUCGAAGAACUGGGACCUGUACACAGACAGCUCUUAUCUACAUGUUUCAAAAUCUAGCUUCGCCCUUCGUGCUACGCUAAACUCGCUGGUCAAUAACCUCGGCCUCCCGUUGCAAUGGGAGCAAGUUGUGGAUUAUGAAGAGCUAGUAAAGGCCGAGCUCGAAAGUCUGCCGGCUUGGAUGCGGUCGGAUCCUAGUGAUCGUGGCGGGGCGCUAUCUGGGGCAAUUUUGCAGAUCCAGCUCCAACAGCUUUUAAUACUUCUGCAUAUGCCAUUUGCCAGAAAAAUGGAUUCCAAUUCCCGAUGCUCUGUCUCCCGGAUGAUAUGCUUUCAAGCUGCGCAGAGGAUCUUAGACCAGGUCCGGAAAUUAUCACAGCAUCAAUACUCAUUCAUUCUGCUAUUUCGACAAGAUUAUUUUCGAGCAGCUUUGGCGGUUUGCCACUGUGCAUACAUAUCCCAUAAUAUCCCAGGUAUUACUCGGAAGUUCUUCUCUAGGGCAACGGGCAGCUAA